CUUGCCUCUCUUGGAAAAAAAAGUGGGAUUUAAAGAAGUUUCUUACAAGAUAUCCAGCAGAAUCGUGCCGUGGAGAGUUUAACGCAGGUUCCACCUCUGCUCAGCCUUUUUUUGGAUUUCUGCACUUUUAACGGGAUCUCUGCAGCACUAUGGUUCUGACAGAUGACGGAUGGGAGAAUAAGGGUUUGCAGGAUGUUUUUCUCCAACUUAUAAAACUCAGUUACAGUCCACAUCUUUGCUUUUACGACUCUGCAUAUGUCUAUAGGCUGUUUCAGAAGGGAGAAGCGCUUUUUAUUCAUUUCACCUCUGGCAGAGCGCAGAGAGGACUCAGAGGAUGAAAGACUCGGACCAAACGGGACUGCUGCUUCUUUUUUUAUUCAAUUAAUUCUGAACGCGCUGCGCUUUAUUACGAUGUCGGCCUGGCAAAAGGCUAAAGAGCUUUAGGAUGAAAGUUUUGAAGCGUCUCUGUCUUCUGCUGAGCUGCUGGACUCUCAUUCACCUGCAUCCCGUCCUCGGUUCCCUCAGCCGGACCAGACCGACCGAGCACCACCAACACCGGCUUGGAGAGGCAGCGGAUCGCGCGGCAGGCGGCGGCGGAGGAGAGCAAGCCCACGGGAGAACCGGCAGAGGAAUCGGUGCGUCUUCACCAAGCGCGGGCAGGCAACCGGUGACGUGGAAACCCUCACCGGUGAGUCCGGCGAGGAUUACGCGGAUCCGCGCGGGCCCGCCGUUAAUAAAAGGCGAAGCGACUGUUAUUAAAAGCAAACUUGCGGCAUCUGCGUCCUCGCCACAGCGCAGCGGGGCCGCGCCGGUGAACCGCGCACAGCCGCAGCAGCAACAACGCGACAGAGCGGUCAGCUUAGGGCGCAAAGAGGCCGUGCGCUCCUGGCCACCCGGCGGGAAUGCUCACACUAAAGCUCCCGCGGCUCAAAGCGCGCAUGCAGCAGGGAAAGGACUCGGGACUGCUGGAGGCGGCUCACCGGGGAAAAAAAUAGCCAAAGUUGCCUCCAAGGCAACAGCUCCAGUACGCACCGGGCCCGCGCAAAGUGCCGCCGGCGCUCAAAAGCAGCAGAGCUCGACUCCGCAGGCGCAGCGGGGAGCCAGCGGCAAGGCGCAGAAACUGAGCGACCGGGAGGCGCAUCACAAGCAGCCGCUGGUCACUCCUCACGACUACAUGCUGUCGCUGUACUGGUCUCUUUCCACCGGGGACCUGAACAGCAGCGCGCUGCACGAGGCGGGGCUGGCCAACAUCAUCACCAGCUUCGUGGAUAAAGGACAAGGUAAGGACAACCAGCUCUCCGCCAGCUUCUCUCGCUCUUCACGCUUCUGCUGA